AAAAAAAAAAAGGGAUGACCUCGUCAACAAAAUUUGCAUUGAGUGAGAGAAUAAGAAACAGGAGAAGAUAAUCUCCUUCCGCCAUUAAUCUCUGCUUCUCAACACAGAGCAACAGAAUGGGAGAUGGAAUUGUGGACGCCGCUCUCGCCAGCCUCGGGAAAGGCUUUGAUCUGACCUCCGAUUUCAAGCUCAAGUACUGCAAAGGCAAACACAGGCUCGUCCUGCUCAACGAAGCGCAGAGACGAGAUCUCAUCGUUCCUGGCUUCGGCCCUGUUAAGGACGUCUCAAUCGAUAUCAAAUGCGAUCGAGGCGAUCGGACUCGCUACCAGUCUGAUAUCCUCAACUUCAAUCAGAUGUCGGAACUUUUCAAUCGGAAAUGUUCGAUUCCAGGAAAAAUUCCGUCCGGUUUCUUCAAUGCGAUGUUCGGAUUCCAGAGCGGGUGUUGGGCGAUGGAUGCGGUGAACACCAAAUGCUUAGGGCUUGACGGUUACUUCAUCAGUCUCUUUAACGCUCACAUUGAUCGCUAUCCGCUCCGCCUCUCCGAUGAGGUCCGCGCCGCCGUGCCGUCCUCUUGGGAUCCCCCCGCCAUCGCAAGGUUCAUUGAAAAGUAUGGAACUCAUAUAAUCGUUGGGCUUAGCAUCGGCGGGCACGACGUGGUCCUAGUAAGGCAAGACAAGUCCUCCAAUUUGGAAGCUUCAGAGCUGAAAAGCCACUUGGAAGAGCUGGGAGAUCAGCUUUUCACCGGCGCCUGCACUUUCCCUCCUCCACAUUCAAAACCCAAAGACCAUCACAAAACCAAGCUACCACAGGCCUUCAACUUGUUUGAUCCAAAGCUCGUGGCUUAUGCCAACUUCUCUUCCGUCAGUGCAAAAGACGGAAUAAUAGUAAUAACUUCAAAGAAAGGAGGGAGUCCAACAGCAAGUACCCAUUGUGAGUGGCUCCCAACCGUGCUCGAAUCGCCCGACGCAAUUCAUUUUCAGUUCAUUCCGAUCAUCUCCCUUCUCGAUCGCGUUCCUGGCAAGGGCUUUCUUUCCCAUGCCAUUAAUCUUUAUCUUCGAUACAAGCCUCCUAUAGCAGAUUUGCAGUACUUUUUGGACUUUCAAGUGCACAAGAUUUGGGCACCCAUUCAUAAUGACCUUCCUUUAGGACCAACUCCCAACAUUACUACUUCUCCUUAUCUUCAACCCAACUUGAUGGGUCCAAAACUUUAUGUAAAUACUACUCAGGUUACAUCAGAGAACAAACCUGUCACAGGCUUGAGAUUGUAUCUAGAGGGCAUCAAAUCUAAUAGGUUGGCAAUUCAUAUCCAACAUCUUCAAACUACUCCUAUUCUUCUCCAAAACAAUAUCACUCAACAUAACCCUCCCCUCUGGCAUUCUUCGCUACACGUCGCCGAUGAUCGCUACGUCGAGCCUCUCAAUCGCAACAAAUUCUCUUACGUCUCUACAGCUCCGGUCACGUACGACCCCACCUGGGCCACUGCCACCCCAACCCCAGCAGCCUUCAUAGUCACCGGAGCCCAACUCCACGUCGUGAAACAUCACGACUCGAAGGCUGCUCUCCAUCUCGGCCUCCUCUACUCCAAGGUCUCUAAUUCCUACAUCGUUCAAACGAAUUGGGCACGCCACUCCUCCGACAUCUCCCCUAAGUCUGGCAUCUUCUCUGCCAUCAGCACCUCCCUCUCUGGCGCCUCCUCUGCCCCCAAGGAGAAGCCACCCGACCCCGCUACCGUCAUUGUCGAUUCGGGAGUGUUUCACCACGGCCCACCGGUGCCACUUCAGGCUCAGAAGCUUGUGAAAUUCGUAGAAUUGUCGGAGAUGCGUAAAGGGCCGCAGGACAGUCCGGGGCAUUGGGUGGUGAUCGGAGCUAGGCUGAACUUGGAAAAUAGUAAGAUUUGUUUGCAUGUUAAGUUCGGUUUGGUGCAUGUGGUUUCAGAAACUAGUGCUGAUGAGCAAUGAAGUUGAAAAGAGAAUAGAAGCUGGUGAGUUUAAGCCAGUCUCUUAUAUAUGUAAUUAUUAAUUUAAUGUAGUGUGAUCUCAGCCAAUCCAAAAA